GAUGGACAUGUCAGUUGAACCAAGCUUUAAUUCUAUAAUUACUUCAAAUUUACAAAGCAAUUCGGGGCUCUCAAUAUCAGUGCAUCCAUUAGUCUUGUUAAACAUAUCAGAUCACUACACACGCACAAAGUUGCAAAACCCAAUGCUUAUUGAGAAUGGUCGCGUAUUUGGUGCUUUAUUAGCUUCGCAAUCAGGACGAGACAUCGACAUUAUCAAUUCGUUUGAGCUUCCAUUUAAACUAGCAGAGGAUGGUGUGAAUCAUGUGUUGGAUAAAACAUACUUGAUGUAUAAAUUAGAGCAAUUAAAACAAGUCUUUCCUACGCUUGAGUUCAUGGGCUGGUACUCUAUUGGCAUUCAACCUACCGAGCUGGACUUGAAGUUGCAUGAACAAUUCCUUAGCGUGAAUGAGUCUUCAUUAUUUUUGCAAAUGAAUCCGGCUGCUCUAGCCAAUGGCACAAAGCAGUUCCCGAUUGAGAUAUAUGAACCUAUGAUUAAUAUUGUUGAGGGGAAUCAAACACGACUUGUAUUUAUCAAGGCUACUUACAGGUUAGAAACAGGAGAAGCUGAAUGUAUUGCAGUGGAUCAUGUAGCCAAACCAAGUUCGACAAGCACAGAUGCAAGCUUAGGGAGUGCGUUCAUUUCACAAUUGACAACUCAAAGAAAUGCUAUUGCCAUGUUAAAUUCAAGGAUUCAGUUCCUGCAUCAAUACCUUCAAGAUAUAAAAGCAGGUUUAAUACCAGCCGAUCAUGACAUACUUCGACAGAUAUCCAGUUUCUGUAAGAGACACACUGUAUUACAGAAAAAAGCAUUUGAAGAUCAAUUUUCUACAGAAUACAAUGAUGUAUUGCUCGUUGCUUACUUGGCCUCAAUUACAAAAGGCUUGAAUACAAUGAAUGAUCUUACUGACAAGUUUAAUCUCGUCAAUGGUAUGAAUAAUAAUCAAGCAAAAGGAAUGAAUAAAAAAGGAAGACGUAUUAACGGUCAACGUCCCUAAAUUGUAUCAUUUAUUGAUGCAUAUCAAACGUGUGUGUUGGUGUACAUGUGCAUUAUAUGUUUAUACAUAUGU